AUGUGGUCUAAAUUAGCAGUUACCAUUCAGGAAACCAAUAUCUGGGUCAGGGACUGUUACUCAAUCUCUUGCCCAGGUGCUGGCCGGAUCGAGCUCUGUGCUGGCCUGCUGGAAGGAGGAACCACGCCCAGUAUCGGGCUCCUGCAGGUGGUGAAGCAGUGUGUGCAGAUCCCAGUGUUCGUGAUGAUCCGCCCCCGCGGGGGGGAUUUCCUCUACACUGACCGGGAGCUGGACGUGAUGAAGGCUGAUAUUCGCCUGGCCAAGCUGCAUGGAGCCGAUGGGCUGGUGUUUGGGGCCCUGACUGAGGACGGGCGCAUUGACACAGAGCUCUGCACAGCCUUGCUGGCUGUUUGUCGCCCCCUGCCAGUCACCUUCCACCGAGCCUUCGACAUGGUCCAUGAUCCCCUCGUGGCCCUGGAGACGCUGGUGUCCCUGGGGUUCGAGCGGGUGCUGACCAGCGGCUGAAACAGCUCUGCGCUCGAGGGGUUGCCCCUGAUAAAGAGGCUCACAGAGCAGGCAAAGGGCAGGAUUGUGGUGGUGCCAGGGGGCGGGAUAACAGAGAGGAACCUGCAGCGGAUUCUUGAGGGCUCGGGUGCCCCUGAGUUUCACUGCUCUGCGCGCUCAGCCCGGGACUCGGGGAUGAAGUUCAGAAACAGCAGCGUUGCCAUGGGAGCCUCGCUCUCUACCUCCGAGUACGCCGUAAAGGUGGCAGACGUGGCUACAGUGAGGACCCUGAACGCUAUUGCAAAGAACAUCCUGUAGCGGGCAGGGCUGCGUGGGGCUGGAGCCAGCAGGCCCUGGGACUCUCCCGGCCAGGCUGGACAGACGGGCUGUGGCUCACGCUGGGCUGUCAAGGAAGCAGAUCCUGUGAUGGAACCUGCAGCCCCUCCCUUGGCUUCACCUGGACACUGUCCCUGAGGCAGGCGUCUCCAACAGGCUCGUUCCUGGCUGGGGUGGUGGCACAAACCAUUCAGCAGUUGGGAAGGGGGCCCUUAGCUUAGGGGGUAGCUCAAUUGUGUGCACCAGCAGUGAUGGUCAAAUAAACCCUGCAGCUGCUCCCAUGUGGCUGCAGCUCUUCCUGGCAGAGGGGGCUUGCUGGUAUCUGUCUGCCGAGUCCUAUGGCACGUGCCUCAGGCCAGGGACUCUGCCACGUGCCCUCGGAACGAGGCUGAUUUCAUCCUGAGUUCAGGUGGGUUGCAUUCAGGACUCACUGGCAUGCUGAUUUGGCAAUUGAGGCUCAGGCUGGCAGAGGUGUUUGGGGGACACUGAGCUGGGAACUAGGCCUGAAACAGCCCCAGGUUGUGCUGACAACUGUGGUCCGGCUUGUAAUAAGAAGGCUCAGGUUUCAUCCUUUUCCUUAAGGAAAAUCCAGGGCAAUUCAUUUAAGAAAGCAGGAGUUAAUACAAAGAA